AUGGGCGCCAUCUUCUCAAAGAAAUCUCGAGCACCGACGCCGAUCAAAAACUGUGAAAUCACCGAACAGGAUCAGGCAAUAAUUCGACUGAAGACUCAGCGAGAUCGAAUCAAGCAGUACAUGAAGGGGAAACAAAAAUACAUGGAUAAAGAACGCGAAAUGGCCAAACAACUUAUUCAAGAGGGCCGAAAAGACCGUGCUCUAGUUCUACUCAAAAAGAAGAAAUAUCAGGAGAAAAUAUUCGACAAUCUACUUAAACAACUUCAGAACAUCGAACAGAUGGUAAACGAUCUCGAAUUCGCCCAAAUUCAACAACAAGUCGUCAAUUGUUUGAGUGACGGAAAUGAAGCACUCAAAAAUAUGAACAAGCUCUUCGACGUCGAAGAAAUCGAGAAGAUCAUGGAUGAGACAAAAGAAGCUGCCGAAUAUCAAGAGGAGAUUUCGAACAUGCUUUCCGGGAAACUCGAUCAAACGGAUUUGGCCGAUGUCGAGGAUGAAUUAAACGCUCUUCUAGCAAAAGAGGCCAAAAUCGAUGAAUUGCCAGAAGUCCCGACACAUGAUAUGCCUGAAAGGGAGCGAGAACGAGCAAAAGAAAAAAGACGAGAAAAAGUGGCUUUGGAGGCG